CAACCAAAAGUAACCGUGAUAGUUUAUUGAUUUUUACUUUUUUUUUUCUUUUGUCGUUCAGAUGAUUUCCAUUGCAAAUGCUUUUCUUUUUUUCUAUGGUGAUGUUUUCCUUAAUCAGAACCUGUUUAUAUGGAUUAGCCGCAGUAGGUUACUCUUUCUCAAAGAAAGAAAAUAAUCAGGUUUAAACAUAUUGCUUUAAUGCACCAGAUCGCUCACUUUACAGACCAACACCUUUACUAUCCAGAGAGAUGAUUAUGAUUUCUAAAUAUGGUGCUUCUAAUGUUUAUUUUUGUGGCAGUAAUUCCAGUCAUAUCUGGUGAUCAUUUGCUAGUAUCAGGAUCAAGUCGUUCCAUAUCUGCGUCUGUGGGUGAGGACAUCACUCUGAACUGCUCUGUAGACUCUCACAUCACACCUGAACACAUUGAAGAGGUUUCAUGGAGGAAAACUGAUAAAGAUGAAGAUAUUCUGGUUCUGCUCUACCAAAACAAUCAGACUUUAUCAGAUUCAUCAGAUGAGCGAUACAGAGACAGAGUUGAGUUCUUCACUGCUGAAAUCUCCAAAGGAAACUUCUCUCUCAGACUGAAGAGCAUCAGAACUGAGGAUAAAGGAGAUAAAGGAGUUUACACGUGUCAAGUGUUUGCUGGAGGACUUUCAGCAUAUGCAACUGCAGUAUUGGAUCAACUGGGUUUCUCCCUUUCACACAUAAUGGUGUUGAUUCUUUGUAUUUCUGCAUCUGGAUCUGCUCUUCUCCUCUGCUGUCUGAUCUACUGCAGAUCACAUGAUAAAGACGCAGUCUUCCGUCUUCAGAUGUUUCUCGUCUUCUGUCCAAAUAUGAUCAUGUUCCUUUCGUUUGUCCUCUGGGGUGUUUCUGAAGGGUCUCUAAACGAGUCGGUCUCUUGCUGUGCUCUUUAUUUUCUGAGGCCUCUUAUGUUGCUCUGGGCGGCUCCAUAUGCUCAUGAGUUCACAGGCAAGACUAAAACAUUUAUUCACAAUUACAGUUAUGACACAGAAUACAUUGUUUUAUCAACUGUUUUUUAUUCAGUUCUGUUUAAAUCUGCCUGGGACAAAAGUUUAAAUUACACCGGAUUUGAAGGUGUCACGAUAAUAUUCAUCUUUGUGACUGUGCUUCUGCUAAACCUCAUCUAUAUUAUUUUAUUGUUGGCGAGAUUCAUCUGGAAAUUAAGCCAACAGAUUAUUACUAUUUUCAGGGUUCUGGCUAGAAUAAGCUUUGAUAUUUUGCCUUCAUUACAAUUCCUCCUCCUGUUCUUCGCCUUUGGAUCUGCCAGAUCUGGAUUUAUAACUGUUGCAGUUUUACCAGUUUUUCUCACACUGACAAGAUACGACUGGGAUCUUACAUGUGGGAAACAGAUGCACUGUUCACUUUUGUUCAUGAGAUCAGUUUGGUUAAUUCUCAUGUUACUGGUCAAUGCUAUUAUGGUUUAUUUCUACAUCAUAGCACUGGGAACUGAAAAAGAUCGUAUUGGAUGGGCCUGUAUGAUUGCGUUCCUGCAGUUACUCUGGGCAUUAAUAAACUUCACAUGGUCAUUUAAAUGGGGUCUUCACCGUGUUGUUCCGGUGUAUGUGUUUGGAUCAGUUGGGGUUGUUGUACUGAACUCAGUUACACUGAUGACUGAACUGAUACUGAAAACAGUUAAUGGUGAUGGAGCAGUUGGGGAUCUGAGAGUUGUCGUCUUUUCCUCUGAAAUCCUCUUUACUGUAUUUCUGAUGAUUUUACUCGUAUUUGAACCUUGGAUCAAAAUGUGUCUGCAAUCAUGUCAGGAGACAAUAAGGUAUUUUCGAACUCCAGCUGCUGGAUCGCAGUAUGGGAAUUCUUGGAAUGAAGCAGGAUCUGAUGAAACUCCAGCCAAUGGAUCAAAGCAGAACACAGCAGAAUCACAUGAAAUGAAACUUCUCCUAAAGACUGAAGAUCAUGAGGCUGAUAGGACAGAGGACAGUCUGCCGGAUUCAGUGGAAUCACAAACAUGA